AUGGUCGUGUGUGAGCUCAAGCCGAUUGUGCCACCACCACCUGUCAGCGUCACCAAAGGCAACUUCCAGUACUACACCACCUUCGAAAUGGUGACGUAUGCGGAUGCGCGCUCAGUGUGCCACGACUGGAAUGAGGACGCGUAUCUGACGCGCGUUGAGAGCGCUGCUGUGGAAGAGCUUCUCUUUGACCUGAUGAAAACCGCAGACGACAACAACGACUGGGACCUUCCACCGAACCCCCGGAUGUGGAUUGGUCUCCAGCGGCCGGGCGACCGCAGCAGCUUCAAGCACGACAUGAACAGCCGCGACUACACCAGCAGCGAUUACAAGAGCCUUGAGUACGGCGAUGGCGACUGUGGGACGAUGAGCAUUGAGAGCUCGCCGCGCUGGCUGAGGCGUUCCUGCUCCAACAACUUCCUCUUUGUCUGUCGUGUCACCCUCUACGACUGCUUCGCCGGCACCCACUACGACGCCUCCUCCUCCACGCAAGGCUGCCAAGAGUGCGAGGGCGGCAAAUUCACUUCUGAGACCAAUGAGCCAAGAUGUGAGACUUGGGACGACUGCGACAACCAAGAUAACGAUAGAGGAACGCGUCUCUUCUUGUCGCCGAGUUUCACCUCAGACCGCCAGUGCUUUGAUUGCACGAGCGACGAGGAGAGGGUGGAGGUUGCCAACUCCUACUACGCAUGUGUGUGCGAGCCUGGCCGGUACCGCGGGGAGAGCAGCUUUAGCUCCAACGUGUGCGUGGAGUGUGCUGAAGGCACGUUCAAGAAGGACCCAGGCGAUGAUGAGUGCGAAGUCAGCGAGCCGUGUGGAUAUGGACUUGAGGAGGUUGCACCCGUCACCCCUACUUCCCCCCGCGAGUGUCGGGAGUGCGUGCAAGACGUCACCUACUUCAGCUUUGACACGAACAAAUGCGAGACCGUCCAUCCACCCUGCGAGUCGCCAGAGGAGGAAACCCAAGAGCCCACCAAGCUGCAAAACCGUGUCUGUAAGGAGUGUGUCCAGUUUGAGACCUUCUACAAUUCGACAACGAAAAAGUGCCAGUCGGUGUCAAGUUGCCCGUAUGGCGAAGAAGAGAUCACAGAACCGACACUCACAUCUGACCGCGUGUGCGAGCCGUGCAUCCUUGGCGAGACGUUUUACGACGGCAACUCGGAACAAUGCGAACCUGUGACGUCAUGCCCGCUGGGAACGGUUGAGUAUGAAGAGCCCACGCUUUUGUCCAACCGCAAGUGUCGAUCAGACGCGUUUACUUGCGAGGACGGCAAUCGCACAAGUAACGGUGCCGCGUGCAACUGCACGGACAUUGCCGAUGCCUGCUCGGUGUGCCACCGCGACCUGCAGCUUGAGCCUGCGUACGGCUUGGUUGGCCGCAUGUUCAAUGCACAGCCCACGGAAACUCGCCUCAUCUCGCAGCUCACGCUCGACGCCAGCGUGACCGAUGCGCUGGCAUUUUGCACCGACAAGUGCCGCGUGCAGUAUGCAUCGGAGGGUUGUGUUGGCUUCACCCUCACCACGGGCAGCAUGCGGCAGUGCCUGUUUGUCAGCUGGUUUGAGAAUGAGUCAGUGGACACCGCCGGUGCAAACUUCUACACGCUGCCUGCGUGCGAUCGCUGCGCCGAGCGCUAUGCCAUUGACAACCGCGGAUGUACACUGACGGCAACGCCGCCCGUACUCUCUGUUGCGGACCGACGGGUGCUGAUCCCGCUGAGCCAGCCCGCGGGCUCGCUCAUCACGACUGUCGCUGCCACCACGGACGCACCGGCAGGGCAGGACGACAUCACGUACUCCCUGACCACACCGGACGGCUUCGCGGAUGUGUUUUCCAUCAACGCCACCACGGGCGUCAUCACCCUCACCAAGCAGCUUCAGACACCAGCUGCGCCUGUCCUGCUCGUGACUGCAAGGGACAGCCGAACCGAGUGCAACUUGCUUGUGGAUGGCACCCUUGUCAAGAACGAUGGCUCAUGCGUCUCAGAGACAAUGGACAUCACGGUGAGCGUGGUUGCGCUUCUUGGUUGCCCUAGGGACAUCAACGAGUACGUGGUGUCUCAGAAUGAAGUGGAGGUGUCCUGGGGUGUCACCCCGUCCUUCCCUGCAUAUUUGACGGAUCUGGAGCUUGUGCUUCUCCGGAACGGUAAUGAGAGCGACGCCACCGUCACCACAGUCAUGGUGCCCGUUGGCACCACCAAUUUCACCUACCGCAGUAACGAGACCGUUGCUGGCGAGUACAUCCAGUGCAGCUUUAAGGUGUCUGUGCGCAAGGGCUUCUUCAUCCAAGUCGACGACAUUGACCUUCGGCAGUCCGGCAACGCGUCCAUCGCCUACUCCCUCUCCUCCCCAGGCAUUGCUGACGCGUCGCGCCUGCCCACCUUUGAGAGCGACCUCACAUCCUCGUUCUUCAUUGGCUUCCGUACGACCACGGGUCGUCCCUUCUCCCUGUCACUGACGGAGGACCUGCAGGCCGACAUCAACGUUGCCCUCCGCUGGUGCACAGACAACGAGCCCUUCCCGACGUCGGUACCACCCACCGCCACCAACGCGUCGGUUGGCGUGACGUUUGCCGGCGUGACAACAAACGGGCCACUCCCCGUAUUCUCGGACGAAGGCACUUGGGUCUACCAGACUGCUCAGCGCAGCUGCGUGAAUCUGAUUGCCUCGUCACAGGCUGUGACCACAUCCAUGUCGUUUGUCACGAUGGAGCUCCAGUUCAACCCUCUGCCUGUUGCUCGCAGGCGCCGAGCGGACCCGCCCACGCAACUGUUCAUUCCCGCCUUCCCGAGCUAUGUUGCCUUUGAGUUGAGCCGCAUCGACGGCGAGCCGGCAACUGUCGAAGAGCUCGCGGGCGCCCUCACAACGAAGGAUGUCAUUGCCCCGACCUUCCUCGACUGCCCGCCGCCACUGGCAGCGCGCACAUUUAACAUCGACACGAUGGGUCAGGUUGAGACGCUUGUUGAGCUGCCCAAACUGACAGUCUACGAUGCCAUUGACCCUGCGCCAGUGGUUGACCCAGCCACAUACUCGUCCGUCCUCUCCGCAGUCGAUUCCCCGCACAGCGUCACGUUUACAGCGAGCGAUAGUAGCAACAACGAGGCCCAGUGCACGUUUGACGUGUUUGUGACUGUGCCGGAGAACGUGCUGCAGCGCAAGGAGGUCGUUACGGAGUGGGCGUAUCCGAUUGAGCGGAGGAUUGUACCCGACCUCAACCUCGCCUUCUACACGCACCGCAUCCACGGCACGGGCCCAGUGUCCUCCUUUCAGGCGGACAUGAGCAUGCUGACUGGCCUGAACAUGACGUUUGAGACAAAGAACGACGAGCUUCCGUUUGUUGUUCGCGAGCGCGCUCAGGCUGCGCGCGGGCGAUUUGUUGUCGACAUGCAGUGGGAGGCAGCUGGCAAGACGCCAGGCUUCAUCUACGAGCAUCAAGAGAGUGCAAGCGCGUUUCUCGUUGUUCGGGGAUUCAAGUACAGCGACGACACGGCCGCGCCCGUCACGAAGAAGUUUGCCCUGCCGGAGCAGCUAGUUGCUGUUCGGGAGUCUGAUGGCGUGGUUGGCGUUGUUGGCCGUACAGACGCGUUUACGCGGCCGUUCACCUUCACCUCUGCGACGCUCGUACUGCGCUUCCUCGGUGUCGCUGACGACAACCUUGGUAAUGUCACCUGGACCCUCACCAAGGACAGCCACGUCGGCGUGGAGUAUGAGUACUCGUACAACCCGAACAAGGGCCCGCUCGCAGCGUCGACGGUCGCCGGCUUCCUCACGCUACUCGACAGCACGCCGCCCAUCUUCUCCUUCUGCCCAGCAAACAUCAGCGCGCCCACCAACAUUGGCAAGAACUACCUCACAGCCAGCUGGCCCUCCCCGGUGGCAACAGACAACCGUAACCGCACGUAUCUGAGCAGCAACUUUGCCUCGGGCCACCGCUUCCCGCUGCGGAAGCCCGGCACAGGGCCCUGGACGGUCAUGUACACGGCGACCGAUGCGUUUGGCAACACUGCACCCUGCACUUUCACUGUCACCAUCACCGACACGGAGCGUCCAGUCCCGAGCCCCUCGCACACGGUGUACAAGACCCUGCCAGCAACGGCUAGCACGGUGUUUGUUGGUAUUGACGAGCUCAUGCCUGCGUCUGUGAUGGACAACGCCAUGAUGACCGACCAGGCAGGUGACCCCAUCCCAUGGACGCAACCCAGGCUUACUGAAGACAACACCCCCGACAACAACCGCUACGGGCUUGGCGUACACAUGGUGGAGCUGUGGUUCACGGAUGCAUUCAACAACACGGCGCCGGCAUACACUUUCAUCAACGUGACGGACGUGACGGCGCCCGAGCGGGUCACGUGCCCCGGGUCAAAGGGCGUGUCGACACCGCUUGAUGAGUCAGCGGCAAUUGUCAACUGGACCAUGCCAACCUUCAGGGACAACAGCGGGGUUCCGCCAGUUGUCACCUCCAGCCACGUGUCUGGCUCCGAGUUUGCCAUUGGCAAGCACACCAUCACCGUCACAGCUUUCGAUGCGUCUGGCAAUGAGGCGCUCAUCCCUUGCACAUUUGAAAUUACAGUUUUCGCGAAUGUGUCGGCGCCCCCGCCGCCCCCAUUCUCCAACAGCACCAUCGGCCCCUUUGCGAGCAGGUCGCAGGAUACGGGCGUGAUUGCCGGCGCAGGCGCUGCUGGUGGGCUGUUGCUGAUUGGCGUUGUGAUGGGCAUAAUGUUUGUCAACCGCAUUCGCGCACGGUCCCGCGCGCCGCAGAACUGGGAGGACAUCUUCAAGCUCAUGGAUCAGUUUAAGGACUGCGAGGAGGGCCCACGGUACCCGCGCGAGCUGGACCGCGCAGCACUUAAGCUGCUUGAAGAACUGGGCAAGGGCGCUUUCGGCGUUGUCUACAAGGGCCUCUUGAAGGAACACGCACAUAUCCCAGGCUACCUCGUUGCUGUCAAGUCACUGCACGAGAAGGGAACGCUGGCUGACCGACAAGAGCUGCUGGAGGAGGCGGCCGUUAUGGCGCAGUUUGUCAACCCACACGUUGUUGAGCUUGUCGGUGUCAUCACCGUGGGCAAGCCCGUGUACGUUGUCACCGAGUUCAUGGAGCAUGGUGCUCUCAAGUCGUACCUGGAGGAUAACGACGUGCCUGUUGACAAGCUGGUCAUGUGGGCCGGCGACUGCUGCGAGGGUCUUGCGCACGUCCACGGCAAGGGCUUCAUCCACCGUGACGUUGCUGCGCGCAACGUGCUGCUCUCCAGCGAGAUGCGAUGCAAGAUCAGCGACUUUGGCCUCGCUCGCGAGAUUGAAGAGGACGACACAUACUACAAGUCCCGUGGCGGCCAGCUGCCUGUUCGCUGGACGGCAAUUGAGGCCUUGGAGGAGCGAAAGUUCAACGAGAAGACAGACGUGUGGAGCUGCGGCAUUCUCCUCUACGAGAUGUGGACACGCGCUGACCUCCCAUACAAGGGCUGGUCCAACCAGAAGGUGUGGGUCGAGGUUGCUGCCGGCCAUAGGCUGUCCAAGCCAGACGGCUGCCGCGACGACGUGUAUGAGCGCAUGCUCGCGUGCUGGAGCGAGAGUCAGGACGAUCGCCCCACCUUCGCCCAACUUUCCGAGUUCUUCCGCACGCUGUACAAGGAGCUCACGGGCGAAGACCUCAACGCACAGGACUACCUCGAGGUGGAUGCCACUGCAGAGACGGAGCCUGUGGAGAAGAAGCGCGGGCUGAAGGGCCUGCUUCGUCGCUUGAGCGGAAAGCAUUUCUCCAACCCGCUGUACAAGGCAGAUGCAGACGAUGGUGAUGACGAUGGGGACAACAACAACGAUAACGACGAUGACCCCAAUGCUGCUCUGUAUGACAUGGGUGAGGACGAGCCCACAGCGCCCCUCCCGGACGAGCGGGAUGAGAACGCAGACCUGUACGACAUGGGCGAUGACAACAACGACAAUGCCUUCACCACCACCACCUCCCUUGGAGCCUUGCCAGAGGAGGAGGAGGAAGAAGAAGACCAGAACGGCGCGGAGGGUGCCGACCUGUAUGACAUGGGUGAUGACAACGAAACCGGUGGUACUGAGGGCGCAGACCUGUAUGACAUGGGUGAUGACGAGCCUCAGAUGGCAGCAACGUCCUUCCGGCCCCAGCAGGACCUCGAGGGUGCAGACCUGUAUGACAUGGGCGAUGAUAGUGCAGGCACAGCUCCUGUGAAGGAGAACAUCUCUGGCUUUGGAUUCCAGGAGACUGGAUUUGGCAUGGCCGCCCAGCAGCCGCCGCAGCAAGACUUCAGCCAGGACCUCUACGGCAACAUGGGCAACGAUGACAACGAGCCCGCAACCACAACCUUUGGCCGAACAGCCGGAGACGUGUCUGCUGCGGACGUUGGCAAGCGCGUUUCCGUGCAAGGGUACGCAUGCAAGGGCACGCUACGUUUCUUCGGCAACCACAGCGUCACGCGCGCAGUGCGCUGCGGUGUUGAGCUUGACCAGCCCCUUGGCAAGAACAACGGCACUGUCAAAGGCCACAAGUACUUCUCCUGCAAGGACAAGCACGGCGUCCUCUGCCAUCCAGGCAAAGUGUCUGUGAUUGAGUGA